AUGAAGAUCGCUGUCGGCGGUGGCGCCUCAGAUACCUUCAGUUACGGCGGUACAGUUUCUGUCGGUGGUAUGGUAAUUGGCUCAAUUAAGGUAACACCAGGGCAGGUGAUAGUUGCAGUUGCUGGCGGCAUGGGUAUUGGUGCUGUAGGUGGGACAAGCCAGUACGGGAACGGUAGAGCCGGUUCAACUGGGACGCGUAGCAAGCAACGUGGUGCGGGAGGUGCAGCGUCCGCCUUAUAUCUCGACGGAACCUUGCUUGCAGUUGGUGGUGGUGGUGGGGGCGUUGGCUUCGGUGUAGUUUCCUGGCCCCUGGCUAAUUUAGUAAACUUUGCCCAAGGAGGAAACCCAGGCCUCUUUGGUGUCCCUGGCACUGGCGGCGGUUUUAGCGGGACCAUUUCCCAAGGUACUAAUGGCAAUCCUGGAGUGGGAAACAACGGCGGAAAUGGAGUAACGACAGGCAAUACGUACAGUAAUUCAGCGACAGGAACAACAGACGUCUCCGUUUCAGGCGGUAGUGGCGGAGGAUACGGUGGCGGUGGUAGCGGAUCUGCAAUAUAUUGGGUCGGUGCCAGUGGCGGAAAGGCUUUGAUAUCAGCUGGAGGCGGCGGCGGAGGGAACUUUGUGUCUGGGCUACUUUCUAAUACAACUAUGGAUUAUGUGCCAAUUGUAGCCGGACCGGGAACAUUUUCAGGUCCAGGAAGCGUUGUUAUAGUAUAUUCUUAA